AUGGCCAAUGUGAGCAACAACGAGGCUAAUAUAUCGGUGCAGUGUGACGAUCAAGUCCCGGCAUGCUCCAAUUGUCGCAGAAUUGGUUCAGGUGAGCAUAUGGACGCUCUCUGUCCUAAAGAAGGCCUUAAUAACCGGGCAAGAAUUGUAGUAUGCCUCGUCGAAGACCCUGCAACCAAGCGCCAACAACCGCGCAACUACCUAGAGACACUAGAAGAGCGUGUCCGCUUCUUGGAGGAGAAGCUUCGUGAGUCUGACUUGGAGGGAUCGACUGCUUCACCAAGCAACGAUGCAUCAGCUUCCUUCCGUAGGACAAGUAGCGAGCAGCACGAGUUAGGUGAUCUAUCUUCCAUGAUUGGUACCCUAAGUUUAAGUGCUGCAGGGGCGGAGCCACAUUAUCUAGGCUCAUCUUCGGUCUUUGCCUUUGCACGAUUCGUCGAGCCGUCUCUGCGACAGGUUGUCUCCUCUAUUCCUCCUAGUAGAACGGACGAGGGUUCUAGUCAACCUUCGCUGCUUAAUCCGUGCCCGCUGCCAGACUAUCAGACAGCUGCCAGACUAAGCAACGCAUAUUUCCAGAACAUCCACCCCCAAUACCCAUUCCUACAUGAGCCAACAUUCAAGACAUGGGAAUCGGCACUCAAGAGUUCACUUGACCCUUUCGAGGUCCUCGAAUACAAAUACGUGCCCAUAUACUUCCUCUAUAUGGUGUACGCCGUUGGAGCUUUACUAUUACCAACUCCUGGGUGCUCCCCAGAGCGGCUAUAUGCUUCGGCCCUCCUCUAUAUUGACGAAAUACUGUAUCACGACAAUUUGGAAUGCAUACAGGCAAUUCUCUGUUCAGCCACUUAUUCUCUUCGCUCUUCUAAAGGGACUUCUCAUUGGAAGCUUGCCGGUCAGGCGCUCCGGCAAUGUAUCAACCUUGGCUACCAUCGUGAUCAAAAUCGAUUGCGGCUAGCAAGAAGCCAAGUUCAAUCGGAAUUACAAAAAAGAGCGUUUUGGAGCGCAUACUCGAUGGAAUGCUCAGCCUCACUACUGUUGGGACGUCCCUUGAGCCUCCGCAUACAGGAAAUUGACCUUCCUCUCGAUCUUGAGGAUUCCUGUUUUACCAAGACCGGACUAUACGAAUCACCGCGGACCUCAUCCGAACCACCCACAAUGAUGACACAUGCGAUCCAUGGUUUCCGUUUUCGAAACUUGCUUGGCCGUAUUCACUCAACGCUGUAUUCCGAUAACACUGCCACGGACUUUGAUCGCCGAGAUGCCCAUAUAAAAGACUUGCUCGAGGAAUUGGACAAGCUUAUGGCUUCGAGGCCCCUUCCGAGGUCGCCUCCUGAUGGUGGUGCUCUUUCAUUCUUCACAACUCCCGACUGGUACCAAGCCGUCUACGACUCUGCCAUUCUGCAGCUUUACAGAUUUCAUAUAACAGACACUCAGCGACCAAUCCCACCCGAAGUCAUCACCAAAUGUAUGCGUGCUGCCAAGAGCGCUUGCCACAGCUACCGCCGUCAAUUCUUGGGAACCCCCACAACGCCUACUUGGGGUGCCUUGCACGAGCUGUUCAUGGCCGGGCUGACAUAUCUCUACUGCUUAUGGAAAGCACCCACUGUUCGCGACUCGCUUCGUCAUGACCAAAUCAGCAGUACCUGCACGGAUUGCACCAUGGUUCUUGUCAUAAUGGCUGAACGAUGGAAGGACGCUGCUCCGUAUCGCGAUGUCUUUGAAGCUCUAGCCAGUCGUACAAUGACGAUGAUAGCUGAUAAGCAGCAAGGGAAAGAGGCCGCUCCUACUUGGUUUGCCACAGAACAGGAUCAAUACUCCGCAGAUCUACCAGAGUGGAUGGCGGGAAUCGCGGAUUCUGGUAUUUCUCUAGGGGUGGACUUGUUAUUGAGCGGGCUGGGGGAUGACUUCUCAUUCAGCGGAACUGGUGAAGGGGAUGAUGGAUCGUGGGAUAGGGCUGAUAUCAGCACAAUGUAUCAAAUGUGA